GAAUGGCUGGAGAACCUUCUACUGUUUACCAGCCUUUUGGGACCAAGCACGGAUUUGACAGCUCCACAACGUGAGGAUAUCCGCUGACCCUGCGACACAGAGAACACUUCCCCGGGACUCUGUGUCCAGCUAACCAGCUCUGUGAGAUUGCAACUUUCCAAGUUUGUUCUUUUCAAUCUCUGUCAGAAGACUGCCCUCGUGUAGGAGAGGGUGCCUGGGUGAUCCGCCUUGUGGAUCGAUUUGAAAGCAUCAACUUUAAAAAGCACGUGUGAUUCCCAGUGCCAUCCAGACGCCUGCUUUCACGACGGCUGGAUUUCUCUGACUUUAUUCUUAGCGUUUCUCGUUGUUUUUGUUUUUUGUUUAAAAAACAAACAAACGACGGGCUGCUUUGGGGGAAUGCUGAAAGGUAACUGACUAAACGCUGAAAAAGAAAAAGCUCUUGAUUGUCAUGGCUGAAGGAGAGAAUGAAGCGAGAUGGGAGGGACUGUGCAGCAGAGACACGACUACUAGAGAGACAGCACUGGAAAACAUUAGGCAGAUCGUUUUGAGAAAAACCGAAUACCUUCGUUCAGCGAAAGAGACACUUUCCCGACCUUCAGACGGACUUUCAAACGCGGUUUCUUUGGAUGGGAUGAAUAAACUUCUUGCUCAUCUGCUUAUGCUCUCUAAGAGAUGUCCCUUUAAAGAUGUGCGAGAGAGAAGCGGGCUCAUUCUGAAGAGCGUCGAGGAACUUGGAAUCAGAAUCCCUCGGCCACUAGGACACGGACCAAGCAGGUUCAUCCCAGAGAAGGAGAUGCUGCAGGUGGGCAGUGAAGACGCACAGAUGCAUGCGUUAUUUGCAGACUCCUUUGCUGCUUUGGGUCGUCUGGAUAACAUCACAUUAGUGAUGGUUUUCCAUCCACAAUAUUUAGAAAGUUUCUUAAAGACUCAACACUACCUACUACAAAUGGAUGGGCCAUUACCCCUCCAUUAUCGGCACUACAUUGGAAUCAUGGCGGCAGCGAGGCAUCAGUGUUCCUACCUGGUGAAUCUGCAUGUCAGUGACUUUCUUCAUGUUGGUGGGGACCCCAAGUGGCUCAAUGGUUUAGAGAAUGCUCCUCAAAAACUGCAGAACUUAGGAGAACUUAACAAAGUGUUAGCCCAUAGGCCUUGGCUGAUUACCAAAGAACAUAUCGAGGGCCUUCUGAAAGCAGAGGAGCACAGCUGGUCUCUCGCCGAGCUGGUCCAUGCCGUGGUUCUGCUCACACACUACCACUCUCUUGCCUCCUUCACAUUUGGCUGUGGAAUUAGUCCAGAGAUUCAUUGCGAUGGUGGCCACACCUUCAGACCGCCUUCUGUUAGUAACUACUGCAUCUGUGACAUUACAAAUGGCAAUCACAGUGUGGAUGAGAUGCAAGUCAACUCAGCAGGAAAUGCUUCGGUAAGUGAUUCCUUCUUUGAGGUGGAAGCUCUCAUGGAAAAGAUGAGGCAGUUACAGGAAUGCCGAGAGGAGGAGGAGGCUAGCCAGGAGGAGAUGGCGUCGCGGUUUGAGAUGGAAAAGAGAGAGAGCAUGUUUGUCUUCUCUUCGGACGAUGAUGAAGUUACACCAGCAAGAGAUGUGUCUCGGCACUUUGAGGACACUAGUUACGGCUACAAGGAUUUCUCCAGACACGGGAUGCAUGUCCCAACGUUUCGUGUCCAGGACUACUGCUGGGAAGACCAUGGUUACUCUCUGGUGAAUCGUCUCUAUCCAGAUGUGGGACAGUUAAUUGAUGAGAAAUUUCACAUUGCUUACAAUCUAACUUACAAUACUAUGGCCAUGCACAAAGAUGUUGAUACCUCAAUGCUCAGACGGGCUAUCUGGAACUAUAUCCACUGCAUGUUUGGAAUACGAUACGACGACUAUGACUAUGGGGAAAUUAACCAGCUGCUGGAUCGUAGCUUUAAAGUUUACAUCAAAACCGUCGUGUGCACUCCUGAAAAGGUUACCAAAAGGAUGUAUGACAGCUUCUGGAGGCAGUUCAAGCACUCUGAGAAGGUCCAUGUUAAUCUGCUUCUUAUAGAAGCUAGGAUGCAAGCAGAACUCCUGUAUGCUCUGAGAGCCAUUACCCGGUAUAUGACCUGAUGCCUCUCCUCCAUUAAAGAUGACCCUGGAAUGAACAGCACAUUUAGUGUACAAGGGGAUGGAACCAAGAGCCCCAGGACCAACAGUAGAUAAAAAGCAUUCAAAAAUCCAUGUGCCACAAUUCCUUUAGUGUCUGCUAUUUUACUGUGGGAUCUCACUGCCUGUCUAGCAGUGAGCACUCGGCAGCUUUGGUGUUAGAGCUGGGAAGAAAGGCUGCCGGCCACAGUGUUUGCUUUUUGACAGACAGCACGAGAUGCUGUGAACUUGUUUCAAUACAGCAACUAGUAAAUCUCCAGAUCCCAUUGCUCUGAUGUGACAAGGUGACAAGACAGAGUGCGUAAAGACUGGGACGUGGCUACUAAGUUCACACAUGCGGAAUUGAGUGGCGCUCGGUGCUGCUGUGCGGGGAUGAGCACAUGGCUAUUUGGCUGAGUGCUGCUACCACCUGAGCCCACGCCACACCUUGUGUGCUUUUGAAUUGAACUCAUGCGCAUUAUUUUCUUGCAUCUAAAAAAGCAUAGAAUUUUUACUCACAGCUCAGUCAAGACCGUGUUGGCGGUAACAGUUCAUUUCUUUCAUUAUAGUUUUUAAAAUUCAGUUAUUGGAUGAUAUUGCAAUGACAUUCUUAAAAGAUUUCCUCCAAAGAGCAAUCUUAAAAUGAUAGUGUGUUAAUUAUAAGGAAAACAGGCUAUCUUUUGAUGUGCGUUUCCCAAUAUUCUCUGAGCCUGGAGGACAGCUGUCUUGUGCGGGAUUUUUGGUUCCGGUGCCAACAAUGUGGAAAAUGUGGUUGCAGUCUGCUGCACAGGGAGUGCCAGGUGCAUUCUGCCCCAUGCCCUGCUGACCUCGGGACCCUGACUUUGAAGGUUAUACAGCUCCUUAAAGAAUAAAGCUGGAAAAUAUUUUAGUGAAGUUAUCAUAUUUGUAUCUUGAUUUACAAAAAUGCUAACUUUGAGAUACAAACAGGUUUGGAAAAAAAUGUAUUAAGUACUUUGUAUUCUGGAACCGUAAAUUGAUUUUGAAGUCUGUCAGUAUUACUGGUAUUUUUCAAUAAAGAGUAAUUUCCACAGUUUGCUUUAUU